AUGCUUUCCACCACUAGUCGUCUCCUCCCCACCACUACUGCCCUCUUCAGAGUAGCGCUAGCUACCCCGAGAUUCCAUCUGGGCACCACGCCCAACUUCGUGAGGAGUACUACAUUCAACCGCGCCUUCGCUACUGGUGUUACAGCGACCACUGGAGAAAGCGAUCCCGACUUUGCGCCCAAGUCGAAGGUUGAUACUGAGGACGUCCACGAUAAGAUUAGCAAGCUUGUUCAUGACAACCGAGUAGUCCUAUUUAUGAAGGGCUCACCAGCGGCACCCAAAUGUGGAUUCUCCAAGGCGGUGGUAGGUCUACUUUCCGCGGAAGGCCUCACUGAUUUUACUUAUGUGGAUUGCCUCAAAUCCGAUGCCGUCAGAGAAGGUAUCAAGAAGUACUCAGAGUGGCCUACUAUCCCCCAGUUGUAUGUUGAUGGCGAGUUCUUAGGAGGCUACGACAUUAUAUCCUCUAUGUAUCGUGAAGGUGAAUUGAGAGAGCUAAUUGCUGAGAAAGGUCUUAAGGAGGACACCAAAAAGGAGUAA